UUAGCGCAUCUGUCUUGACCCUCAGAUGGGAGACCAGGAUUCUUGGUGGCUCUUUUGGAUGGACUCUGCCCAGCAGGUGGUACCAGACUGGAGCAGAGAUCGAAAGCCCAGGCUCCAUGGAAGAGACGAUCUCCCAAGAGGAAGACUUCAGCACUCUGGAUUCCUGGUUCCAGCCCCCAAAUGGGACAGAUCAACAACUUCCAAACUGGGGCGUUGGGAGCUACCUAGCUGAGCUAGAGGACUUUCAGGAGGAGAGGCAUUUCCAUCACACUGCUGGCUUGAAAGGCUUCCCAGACUACACAAACACCAUUGUGGAAUUCCCCCAGGUGUCCUCCUACCUGGAUGAUGGAAGAUCCUGCAACACAGUUUCUAGUCCUAACCUGGAGAGCGUCUUGCCUCGGCUGGAUGAUUCAACCUCUCCUGGCCUCCCACAUCACUCCUUGACAUCUCCACUACACCUCUGGUCUCCUGAAGAACAGACGUUCCACUCUCACCUUCUGCCUUCUCAGGGCCAAGGAAAUCCAGGUGCUCCUGCGUUCUGCCCAUCUUUCCCCCUUCCCAUUAUUUCCUGGCCAGGUUCAGGGCCUAUCCAAUUGUGGCGCUUUCUGCUGGAACUUCUCCAGGACGGGUCCUGCCAGGCCUUCAUCUGCUGGACGGGGAAUGGUUGGGAAUUCAAACUCCAGGAUCCUCAUGAGGUGGCACGGCGCUGGGGCCAGCGGAAGAACAAGCCCCGCAUGACCUAUGAGAAGCUGAGUCGGGGGCUGCGCUACUAUUAUCACAAGAACAUCAUCCACAAGACCAGCGGCCAGCGCUACGUCUACCGCUUUGUCCGUGACGUCCGGGGCCUGCUAGGGGAGCUGGCCGAGCAGCUGCAGAACCGGGAGAGAACGCUGGCCUCGUGAACAGCCUCUGCCUCUCAAAAUGCCACAGAAGAAUCAUACCGGCAUGGUGUGGCUUCUAAGGGUUCCCAAGUACUCUGGUCAUAAUGGGGAGACUUUGCCAGCGGAUCGGUCCAUUUCAGAGACGCGCUGACGGGCAAAACGCUCCAGGAGACACCCAAAGGCAAGAUCCUGGUGGGACGAACUGGGACUGUCGGACACUUAACAUGCAAUUCCUGCACUUCUUUCUCUCUUCUUUAAAAUACAAAUGUGUGUGUGUGUAUAUAUAUAUAGGAAAUGAACAGAAUAAAAAGUGCAUUGCUUUAGUA